AAGCAGGACUAAAACAGGACUGAAGCAGGACUAAAACAGGACUAAAACAGGACUGAAGCAGGACUGAACAGGACUGGGUCUGGACCUGAGCACUCCUCCUCCUCCUCCUCUUCUUCUUCUUCUUCUCGUGGACUGAGACUCUUGUGGGACCAGGAUGAGGUCUAAAGUGGAUCUGACCGUCUUGUUUUUGGUUGUGAGUCUGGGGUCGGCGCUGAGUCAAAACACCCAGUCCCCAGUCUCCGCUCGGACUCUUCCUCAGUGGCUCACAGGGAUCAUCGCUGUCGUCGGGUUCCUCUUCCUCACCUUCGUCAUCUUCCUCGUCAAAAGAGCCUGGUGUGAGAAACCCAAACGGAACAUCAUGGACUUUGAGUCGCCCAAAGAGAACGAGUACGUGACGAGGAACGACAGCGAGUUCCGACGACACAGCGGCGAGCUCAAGACCUACACAAACCUGGCUCUGGAAAAGCACGAGGACAGAGUCACGGCCAUGUGACCUGAACGCAGCGCUCUGAUUGGACGAGACCCCCUCAGCUCCACCCCCCCCCCAUUUACACACAUUUAUACACUAAAAAGACACAAUAUUUAUACAAACACAUUUAUUUUACAUCACUCUGAUUUAAACUCCUCCCACACAGAGCUCCGGCUUAAAUCACAGACUGUUUAUAUAAAUGGACGUAGCUAACGUGCUAGCACCGCGUUACAAACAGGAAGUGAUCACGAGCGCACUUCCUUUUCUGUCUAAUGUUAGCAACAGGUUUGAUCGACAGUUGCUAAGCGCCUGCUCCGUUAAACCAGCGAGAAGAGGCGUUACCUUCAGCAGCCUCUCUCCUGAUUGGCUCUUUGGUUGCUAUGAUACUCGUGGGAAUUCCAAAUAUGAAGCGUAGCUCCAGAUUAGCCGCUGUAAGCUAGCCUCACGACGUCGUCACAGUCUGAGCUUAAAACAAAUAUAUUUGUGUUUCAGUUUAAAAUGAAGCUGUUUUAUUUAUGUUCUUCAGUC